GGGGCGUGUGUGUGAGUGUGAGUUUGAAACCCCGAUGAAUGCGAUGGGGAGGGUGAGGGUCCUGGAGUUAGGGAGACUCCGGGGAGAGAGUGAUGAGAGGGCCCCGGUGUUAGAGUGUCCCAGGGAGCGGGGCAGGGCCCCGGUCCCGGUUCGAAGCGAGCGCCCUAGUUAGUGUCCAAUGAGCGCGGCUCGGCGCUGGAAUGGCCGGGCGGCGCGUAAACAAGCGCAGAGCCGCCUCCUCCCCCCACCCCCCCCCGUCUCUCUCUCCCUCUCCCCCCUCCCUCUCGGUAUUUCCGCGAUCUCACUCCUGCUUCUUACAGGGCAGCAAGUGCUGAGUGCCAUUCACCCACUGACAAAACUUGUCCCUUUCCCCUCUCGCUCUUCAACACCACCUCCCCCCUGGGUGUUUAUUCAUUUCUUGCUUUUUUUUUGAGACAUCAUCCGGCCGCGGUUCCCAUCCAACACCACAACCCCCCCCCCCCCCCCCCCCAAAAUUUUUUUUCAUAAAACUCUAGCCCUCUUGUAAUCACUAUGGCCUCAUGAAAAAAAAGGUUUUGGACACUUUAUACAAUACAGAAGAAGAGAAAAGCAUAACCUUGAUCCUUGACUAAAGGACAAUGUACUCCUGGAGAAGUUGAUUUGCUUCAAAUUUGUUUCAACAAAUUUCUCAGACAGAUGCCUGGAGCACUGCAGCUGUGCCGAGCAGCACAGCAGGUCCUUUAAGCAUAGAGCCACCUGUCAACUCUGGCCUGAUUUUCCUGUUCUUUUACUAUUACCUUGUUCAACAAUGGCUACACAAAGGAAAUACCUAGUGAGAGAAUUUAAUGCCUUCAUCACUUGUUACAUCUGCAAGGGCUAUCUAAUCAAGCCAACUACAGUGACUGAGUGUCUACACACUUUUUGCAAAAGUUGUAUAGUUCAACAUUUUGAAGAUACAAAUGACUGUCCAAAGUGUGGAAUUCAAGUUCAUGAAACGAAUCCUUUGGAAAUGUUAAGGUUGGACAAUACGCUCGAAGAAAUUAUAUUUAAGCUGGUGCCUGGUCUUAAGGAAAUGGAAAAGCGGCAAGAAGAAGAAUUCUGGAAAAAAAAUAAACCACAAGAGAAUGGAGAAGAUAAUGAAGGCCCCAAAGCCAAAAAAGCUAAAAUAGAUGAGGAAGAGGACCAAGAAGAUCAAGAUUAUCAUAGAAGUGAUCCACAGAUUGCCAUUUGCCUAGACUGCCUUCGCAACAAUGGCCAAUCAGGGGAUAAUACUGUAAAGGGCUUAAUGAAGAAAUUUAUUCGCUGCUCAACGAGAGUCACAGUGGGAACUAUAAAAAAAUUUCUGAGUUUGAAAUUAAAACUUCCUAGCACUUGUGAGCUCGAUGUUCUAUGCAAUGGGGAAAUAAUGGGGAAGGAUCAUACAUUGGAAUUCAUAUAUAUGACUAGAUGGAGACUCAGAGCUGAAAAUUCUUAUCCAAUGGUACUACAGUAUCGGCCAAGGAUUGACUUUGGUUAGCCAGAGUAGCUGUUAUCCACUAUGGUGGAUACUGCACUAAAGUUUACCCAUCGACAGUUUGCACAAUGAAUGGAUAUAUUGGACAAUGGUCAGAAUCAGAUUAUUCAGAACAGACACAAAAUUUUUAUCUGUCUACCAUUCUUCAGAUGCAUUUAUUUUUCCCAAGAACAAGCCCAAUGCUAUUCUGCUACUGGAGCCAUGAAUCAUUUGUGUUGAUCAGUGUGAUAUUUGUGUUGAAUACUUCAAAAAAUCACUCACUAUAGCCCUGUGGGUUGAGAUUCAGUGUUCACUGCCCAUGUGUCUAUAAGCCUAUGUCUUGAAGUUAUACAUGUGCUUGUGCUAAUGCUAAAACACAUAGCAAAAUGGCAAAACUUGUUCUAUGUCUUUGAAUAAAUUUAUGUUCCGGUUAACAUAUGUAUUGACUUUCUUUGUUUAUCGUAAAUUAAUUAGCACUGCAGAUUACAAUCUGAAGCUGUAAAAUGUUUUUGUUAUAUACCACUGAUGUAAUCAUAAAGAAAUAUGUACAUUUUUGAGGGGGGAAAUUCUUUCAAAAUUACCCUUGCUAUUAACAGUGAUCCUUUUACCUAGUAAAAUGGUUCAUUGCUAUAGCCUGAAGUAAAAACAAAUCACCAAAAAAAGCCUCUGUAAAUGCCACACAAAAGGGACAGGCAUGAAGGGCAACUUAUCAAAAGAUACCUUACUC